CUGCCAACUGCGGUUUCGAAGUGCAAAUGCAUCGUGCCGUCGUGCGCAGUUGCUUCCCUCGAUCACUCCUCUCCCUCCCUCCUCUUGCUCUCGGAGGCCACCGCGCUGUGCUUGGCACCGACGGCGGUCUCACCUCCUCAGUUCGGCCGCCUCGCCGUUUCCCUCUCUCCGUAGUCCGAUCCACCACGACGCUCGUCAGCAUUUAUCUCAGGCGCGCCGCACUCGACGCCGCCGCCGGUGCCCAGUGCCCUAACCCUAACUGAUCGACGGCAAUUUCGCCAAUCCCCGCUCCGUCCAGCGAAUUUGGAGCCACUAACGUCGCCGCGCCACUGCUGGGCUCCAGAACUUGAUCAAGUGAUUUUUGUCUCACAAAUCACAAGCAUUUGCAAAUGUCAGCAUUCGGAAGGCGGUAUGAUAGGGCUGCUCUGUCAGAUAUUACCAAUCGAAGUGGCCAGCAUCAGCAUGUGAACUACAGUUACUCACCGCACCCACAAGUAGGAAGUUACAAACAUGAUGAUGCUGGCUGCCGAAUGGACACUGCAGAUUCUGAAGCACAGCUUGCAGCUAAUGUAAUGAGGAACCAAUACAGGCCUCACAUAAAGUGUUUGGAAAUGCAAGGGAGUUCAGAGCCAUCUGAACUGAAUUGCAGAUACAAUGCUCGUACUGAAAAGAAUAUAGUCGAUUCGAGAGGUGCCCAUUCCUGGCUUGAUGCAAACCCAGAAGUAUACAAGAUGAUGCAGACGUCACUUGAGCUGCUGAUGUCCCGAAGCAGAAAAGUCCACCCACCAAAUUUGCCUGAUUCCACUUAUGGUGGGGAACUGAAUAAGGUUACAAAUUCACAAGUUCAUGGUAUUGCGCAGCCAUCUGACGUACACAAGAUGGUUCAGACGCCAUUGGAGAUGGAGAUGCUGAUGUCCCAGAGCAGAAAUGUUUGGCCACCAAACUUGCUUGGUUCCACUUAUGGUGGGGAAUCGGCAAGUGUUGCAAGUCCGCAAGUUGAUGGAAUUGAUGAUGAUCUUCCACCACCAAACUUGAAUAGUACAGAUAUGAGGGGCACUGAGCAUGUCAGUGGUAAUGGAAGAGCAAUUACUCCUACUAGUUCACAUGAUACGGCACAGACAGCUAUGGAAGCACAAAUUCAUCAGCUUGAGCAAGAAGCAUAUUGUUCGGUUCUUCGUGCAUUUAAAGCACAGUCUGAUACCAUUACAUGGGAGAAAGAAGGUCUCAUAACAGAACUAAGGGAGGAGCUAAGGGUAUCUGAUGAAGAACAUAGGCAGCUAUUAAACAGGAUCAACAAUGAUGAUUUUACUCGCAGCAUAAGUGAAUGGAGAUCAAAAGGAAGAUUUGAUGCAAGGGCGCCCAAUAAUCCUAAGCCAGUAUAUGAUCCUUUGUCCAUUCAUACUACCUCUGCCCGCAAGAGGCAAAAGACAUCUCAACCCCUCACUGCUUCACCUGCGCCAUCUCCUCCGAUGCAUUCACAGCAGGUGGCUGCACCAACACACCCAUCAUCUUCAACAGCUACGAAGGAAGUUCCACCGGGACCUAUAGGAAAAAGGCUAAAAACAGGCCAGAAGGUACCUGGGGGCUCUGCAGUGAAGUCCAUGUCAUCUUCAGAAGGUCUUAGUGCAAGAAGGCCACAUUUGAAUAGAUAUUUUCCUAGUUGUCCUGCUGCUGAACUUUCUCAAGCACAGACUGUCAACCCAUUAAUUGGCCGUAAAGCCAUGAAUCGUUGGCCUGAUGAUAAUAAUUUCUAUGAAGUAGUUAUAUCUGAUUACAAUCAAGAAACGGGCCUUUACGCGCUGGUUCACGACAUGAAUACAUCAAAUGAGACUUGGGAGUGGGUUGAUCUUAAGAAGAUGGGACAGGAAGAUAUAAGAUGGCAAGAGGAUGGGUCUGGGAUAGACCCUGUGAUGUAUUUACAAAGUCACGGUGCUCAAACUCGUGGUGCUGGGAAGUCCACUAGCCAUGGUGGGCCGAAGCCUGUUCCUGGAAGAAGAAUAAGUUUCCAAAAGAAUGUAUCCAAGAAGGAUUUUCUACCUCCACAAAAUGUUGAUGAGACAAGAAGUUACAACAAUAUCAAUAUAUUUCAUACUGGGAGCCUGAUAAAAGUGGUAAAGAAAAUUUUUAGCGUUACCAAUCCUGAUCCCCUGGAAGUAGAGUGGGCAAAGAAAGCAUUGCAAGAUCAAGAGCGGUCUCUAGUUGGUGCAAUAACAAGGCUUGCUGAGGCAUCUGAUGUUGCAAGUGGAUGACAUUGUUGAUCAAGUAUGUUCACACCCAAAAUUGGCUAACCUGGUCUGAUUCUGGGAAAACAGACCGGUUUUGCAAACUUUGUCAACUUAUGAAUUGGACUUCACCAUUGCGAAAGAUUGAAAUGCGCGUAUAGAAGUCUAUUUUGGAGUCCGAAUGAGAUAUUUAUAGUUUUUUUGGGUAGUUGCACAACCGCAGGUUGUUUUUCAGAACUGUCUAGGUCAGUUUUGACAUUGUAAAACUAGGUUGGAAUUGUAUUUUCGCAUGGAUGUUGUAAGAGUUUUGCCCCCUAACUGGAAAAGUUGGGCCACAACCGAUUGAGUGCAUCGAGUUGCAUCUAUGAAAUAAUUAUAUACUUUUACCUU